AGCAAGAAUCAGGUUUGGUAUUGUCUGCCUCUUACCUCACUUUCAAAACCGCAGGGGCGGAGAGCUGAAACAAGAAAAGUCGCUGCCGUACUCGCCUCUAUUUCCUUUUUUUGUAUUCAUAUAUGUGCCCGUGUCACAUGAGGUAAAGGUGUGGUUGUUGUUGUGUUCUCGAGGAUUCACUCCUUGUGGUAGCGUACCCAUUCCCCAACAAAAGAAUUCGUCACAGGAGCACCGUCUGAAUUAAAAAGGGGUUUGCGAUGAGAUGAGGUGCAGGCAUGGAAGUGUGCUGGCUCUGCUAAUCGUGGCGGUUACGGUGACAACCUUUUUCUGGGUCCCCUCUCCGCACAGGUUCAGAGAAAAUGAAGUUGAUGAUUUGGCAUACCAGUUUUUGCGGCUCCAUGAGAGACUGCAGGUUAUGGAGGAAGAGAGUCUGAAAUCGUCUCGUAAUCUUGGAAACCUCCUGCAUGACCUUAGGGUUGCAGUAUCACUAAAAAGAAAUAUCAGCAUUAAUCUCACAGAUUUUUCCAGAUGGAAAGAAAUUAAUAAUACAGCACAACAUAAAAAUCCCCCCACAAUCUUGAAUGUACUUCUGCCUCACCUGAAGAGACAUGAGAGCAGUUUAUACCCAAAUGUUCUAGUUGGACAACAGAGGUCUGGAGUUUCUCUUGUAUUUGGCAUUCCUACUGUGAAGCGGGAAAAAGAAAGCUACUUGAUGGAAACUUUGAAAUCACUUUUAUUUGAGCUGACAAAAGAAGAGAAGGAUGACUCUGUCAUUGUAGUGUUCAUAGCUGAGGUGGAUGUAAUGUAUGUGAAUGGACUAGCACAUGCUAUAAAAAAUGCUUUUCCCCAAGAUGUGGAGGCUGGACUCCUAGAAGUGGUUUCUCCAUCUUUUGGAUACUAUCCAGAUUUCACAAACCUAAGGGAAACUUUUGGGGACUCAAAAGAAAGAGUUAAGUGGCGUACAAAACAAAAUUUGGACUACAGCUUUUUGAUGCUAUAUGCGCAAAAUAAAGGAACCUUCUAUGUUCAGCUUGAAGAUGAUAUUGUGGCGAGAUCGGGAUAUUAUCAGUCAAUGAAGAAUUUUGUACUUCAGCAGACAUCUGCAGACUGGAUGGUUUUAGAGUUUUCCCAACUUGGAUUCAUUGGCAAGCUGUUUCGUACCUCUGACCUUCCCCUUAUUGUGGAGUUCAUUUUGAUGUUCCACAAAGACAAACCUAUAGAUUGGUUGCUGGAGCAUAUUCUGUGGGUUAAAGUUUGCAAUCCAGAAAAGGAUGCUAAGCACUGUGAGAGGCAAAAGGAGAGUUUGAGAAUUCGCUAUAAACCCUCUUUGUUUCAGCAUGUUGGCACACACUCCUCACUGGCUGGAAAAAUUCAGAAUCUGAAAGAUAAAGAUUUUGGAAAACAAGUACUGUAUAUAGGCCAUCCCAACCCACCAGCUACAAUUAAAACAACUUUGAAGGCCUAUCAAAAGUACACAUUUGAAAGAGCUUACAAUGGUGAAGAUUACUUCUGGGCCUUCUCACCUGAACAAGGGGACAGUAUGACAAUUGUGUUCAAUGAGCCCUUGAUAGUGGAAAGUUACUUCUUCCGAAGUGGAAAUAUUGAACAUCCAAGUGACAAAUUAUUGGAUACCAUCGUUGAAGUCCUCCCUGAAAAGAAUGCAAUCAUCAGCAUUGGGAAUGGGAUAAAGAAAACAGAGGAUGGCUAUUUCAGAAUUGGAUCCUUUGAAAAUGGCAUAGCAGAAGGAAAGGUCCCAGCUGCUCUGAUGAAGAUCUCAGGUUUUCGUCUAACCAUACAGAGCAAAUCAACAUACUGGGUGCUUCUAAGUGAGAUUUUUAUCAAACAAGGGCAAUGAAAACAGCAUAUGGUGCCAU